GCCCGCGGCGCAUGCGGAUGACGUAACCAGCGCGCCACGAUUCGAGGAGGUCUGGGGCCACGAAAGUCUCUUCCACGAACCUAACUCAUCUAUUCAGCAAAGGACAGCUGUAGAGAUGUCCCGUAUCCUUCACUUCUAUGUCCGUCCCUCUGGCCAUGAGGGGGCAGCCUCUGGACACACUCGAAGGAAACUACAAGGGAAACUGCCAGAGCUGCAGGGUGUUGAGACUGAGCUGUGCUACAAUGUGAACUGGACAGCUGAGGUCCUCCCAAGUGCUGACGAAAUGAAGAAACUGAUGUGGCUAUUUGGCUGCCCUUUGAUGCCGGGUGAUGUUGCUCAGGAGUCCUGGCUCCUUCUCGGCGCUAGUGACCUGCUGCUGGAGGUCGGACCCCGGCUGAACUUCUCCACCCCAUCAUCCACCAACAUUGUGUCUGUAUGCCGUGUUGCUGGGCUGGAGGCCGUGGAUCGUGUGGAGACUACCCGGCGCUACCGGCUCUCGUUUGCCCAUCCCCCUUCGGCCGAGGUGGAGGCCAUCGCUCUGACUACCCUACAUGACCAGAUGACGGAGCAGCACUUCCCCCAUCCCAUCCAGAGUUUCUCCCCCGACAGCAUCCCGGCACCCCUCAAUGGUCCCAUCAACAUACUGGCCGAGGGCCGGCUUGCGCUGGAGAAAGCCAACCAGGAGCUAGGUCUGGCCCUAGACUCCUGGGACCUGGAUUUCUACACCAAGCGCUUCCAGGAGCUGCAGCGGAACCCCAGCACUGUGGAGGUCUUCGACUUGGCUCAGUCCAACAGCGAGCACAGCCGACACUGGUUCUUCAAGGGCCAACUCCACGUGGAUGGGCAGAAGCUGGUACACUCGCUGUUUGAGUCCAUCAUAAGUACCCAGGCAUCCUCAAACCCCAACAACAUCCUCAAGUUCUGUGAUAACAGCAGUGCGAUCCAGGGGAAAGAAGUCCGAUUCCUCCGGCCCGAGGACCCCACACAGCCAAGCCGCUUCCAGCAACAGCAGGGGCUGAGACAUGUUGUCUUCACAGCAGAGACCCACAACUUCCCCACAGGAGUAGCCCCCUUCAGUGGUGCGACCACGGGCACAGGGGGCCGGAUCCGAGAUGUCCAGUGCACAGGCCGCGGGGCACACGUGGUGGCUGGCACUGCCGGCUAUUGCUUUGGAAACCUGCAUAUCCCAGGUUACCAUCUGCCCUGGGAGGAUCUGAGCUUCCAGUAUCCUGAGAACUUUGCCCGGCCCCUGGAGGUUGCCAUUGAAGCCAGUAAUGGGGCUUCUGACUAUGGCAACAAGUUUGGGGAACCAGUGCUGGCCGGCUUUGCCCGCUCCUUGGGCCUCCAGCUCCCAAAUGGCCAGCGGCGUGAGUGGAUCAAGCCCAUCAUGUUCAGUGGAGGCAUCGGGUCCAUGGAAGCUGAGCACGUGAGCAAGGAGCCCCCAGAGCCAGGCAUGGAGGUUGUAAAGGUUGGGGGUCCUGUCUACAGAAUUGGAGUUGGGGGUGGAGCUGCUUCAUCUGUGCAAGUGCAGGGAGACAAUGCCAGUGACCUGGACUUUGGAGCUGUGCAGCGGGGAGACCCGGAGAUGGAACAGAAGAUGAACCGUGUGAUCCGGGCUUGUGUGGAGGCCCCCAAGGGAAACCCCAUCUGCAGCCUCCAUGACCAGGGUGCUGGUGGCAAUGGCAACGUCCUGAAGGAGCUGAGUGACCCAGCUGGAGCCAUCAUUUACACCAGCCGCUUCCAGCUGGGGGACCCAACCCUGAAUGCCCUGGAAAUCUGGGGAGCCGAGUACCAGGAAUCAAAUGCACUUCUGCUGCGGCCCCACAACCGGGACUUCUUGAGUCAUGUCAGUGCCCGGGAACGCUGCCCAGCUUGCUUUGUGGGCACCAUCACCGGAGACAGGAGAAUAGUGCUAGUGGAUGAUCGAGAGUGUCCUGUGGGGAGAAAUGGCCAGGAGGAUGCCCCCCCGACACCCCCUCCCACCCCUGUGGACCUGGAGCUCGACUGGGUGCUGGGCAAGAUGCCCCGGAAGGACUUCUUUCUCCAGAGGGAUGCCCCUGUGCUGCAGCCCCUGGCCUUGCCCCCAGGGCUGAGCGUGCGCCAGGCUCUGGAGUGGGUUCUGAAGCUGCCCGCUGUGGCCAGCAAACGCUACCUCACCAAUAAGGUGGACCGCUCCGUAGGUGGCCUGGUGGCCCAACAGCAGUGUGUCGGACCCCUGCACACUCCUCUGGCAGAUGUAGCGGUUGUGGCACUGAGUCACCAGGAGCUUGUAGGGGCCGCCACGGCCCUGGGAGAACAGCCAGUCAAGAGCCUGCUGGACCCCAAGGUCGCCGCCCGGCUGGCCGUGGCCGAAGCUCUCACCAACCUGGUGUUUGCUCUGGUCACUGACCUCCGGGACGUGAAGUGCAGCGGGAACUGGAUGUGGGCAGCCAAGCUGCCAGGGGAGGGCGCAGCUCUGGCCGAUGCCUGUGAGGCUAUGGUGGCAGUGAUGGCAGCCCUGGGUGUGGCAGUGGACGGUGGCAAGGACUCCCUUAGCAUGGCUGCCCGGGUUGGCACUGAGACCGUGCGGGCUCCCGGGUCACUGGUCAUCUCAGCCUAUGCUGUCUGCCCAGACAUCACAGCCACUGUGACGCCAGACCUCAAACAUCCUGGAGGGAGAGGCCAUCUGCUGUACGUGCCUCUCAGCCCUGGGCAGCACCGGCUGGGGGGCACAGCCCUGGCCCAGUGCUUCUCCCAGCUUGGGGAGCAGCCUCCCAACCUGGACCUGCCGGAGAACUUGGUGCGUGCCUUCAGCAUCACCCAGGGGCUGCUGAAAGACCACCUCCUCUGCUCAGGCCACGACAUCAGCGAUGGAGGACUCGUCACCUGCCUGCUAGAGAUGGCUUUUGCUGGAAAUUGUGGGAUAGUGGUGGAUGUGCCUGCCCCUGGGGUUGAUGCGCUGCCCGUGCUGUUCGCCGAGGAGCCCGGCCUUGUGCUGGAGGUGGAGGAGCCAGACCUGGCCCAAGUGCUGCAGCGUUACCGGGGUGCUGGCCUCCAGUGUCUGGAGCUGGGCCACACAGGCGGUGCCGGGCCCCACGCCAUGAUCCGGGUGGCAGUGAACGGGGAUGUGGUUCUGGAGGAGCCUGUUGGGCAGCUGCGAGCCCUCUGGGAGGAGACGAGUUUCCAGCUGGACCGGUUGCAGGCAGAGCCUCGCUGUGUGACAGAGGAGGAAUGGGGCCUGCGGGAGCGGAUGGGGCCCCACUACUGCCUGCCCCCAACUUUUCCGAAAGCCUCUGUGCCUCGGGAGCCUGGCGGCCCCACCCCCCGAGUCGCCAUCUUGCGAGAGGAAGGCAGUAAUGGAGACCGGGAGAUGGCUGAUGCCUUCCACUUGGCUGGGUUUGAGGUGUGGGAUGUGACCAUGCAGGACCUCUGCUCUGGGGCAAUCGGGCUGGACACAUUCCGUGGCGUGGCCUUUGUGGGUGGCUUCAGCUACGCAGACGUCCUAGGCUCUGCCAAAGGGUGGGCAGCUGCUGUGACCUUUCAUCCACAGGCCAGAGCUGAGCUGAAGCGCUUCCAGACACGGCCAGACACCUUCAGCCUGGGCGUGUGUAACGGCUGUCAACUGCUGGCUCUGCUGGGCUGGGUGGGAAGUGACCCCAGUGAGGAUGCCAGAGACACAGGCCCUGAUUCCUGGCCAGCCCGGCCUGGCCUGCUGCUACGUCCCAACCUGUCUGGGCGUUUUGAGUCUCGCUGGGCCAGCGUGCGUGUGGGGCCUGGACCGGCCCUGAUGCUGCGAGGCAUGGAGGGCGCCGUGCUGCCCGUGUGGAGCGUGCACGGGGAAGGUUACAUGGCUUUUUCUUCUCCGGAACUCCAAGCCCAGAUCGAGGCCAGGGGCCUGGCUCCGCUGCACUGGGCAGAUGAUGAUGGGAACCCCACAGAGCAGUACCCCCUGAAUCCCAACGGGUCCCCAGGGGGCGUGGCUGGUGUCUGCUCCCAGGAUGGCCGCCACUUGGCUCUCAUGCCUCAUCCUGAGCGGGCCGUGAGGCCUUGGCAGUGGGCAUGGCGCCCCCCUCCAUUUGACACUCUGACCACCUCCCCCUGGCUCCAGCUCUUCAUCAACGCCCGAAACUGGACCUUGGAAGCAGGCUGCUGAGGCUCACUUGGGCCUCCUGGUUUGUCCCUAAGUGUGUGCUCCCCUCUGCCCCCAUCACCUUUAGGAGCACCCCAGAUUAUUGCCAAAAGUAUCUUGGACAGACAAGGACCAAAAUGCCAGGAAAACCUUAGCUGAUGACUAGAUAAUCUCCCUGCUAAUUUUGUCUUCUGCUGCUGGAUCUGUUUUCAAUUCCUCUGCUCUAAUGUGUGCCCUUCCUCAGGCCCAGGAAAGAGCUUGUGGUUCAGAAAAAUGCUUUGAGGGAAAGUUAGGAUGCAUGCGGUGGGGGAGGGGUUCCAUCGCCCCACUGUUCUCCUCCCAGUGAUCACCUUUGUGCCUCAUUUCCAUUUCCCUCCUCUGG